AAAACAACAACAAAAAGCGUUACAUGUGAGGAAGGACGGACAGGAGGAAGAGCGCGAGAGAGAGCGCGCGUGAGACUGAGUGAGUGAGUGAGUGAGUGAGUGAGUCUGCUCGUGCAGCGCGACUGGAGGAACUCAGGGUCAUGACCCGGAACUCUUCACCUAAGCGGAGUGUGUAUCUGCCUGUGCUGUGAUGAGGGAGUGGUGGCAGUGUGCAUUGCUCCUCGUCCCUCUUCUCGCCGUCUACCUGCACGUCCCACAGCCUCCGCUUUCACCCGCGCUGCACACCUGGCGUUCGUCCGGGAGCUUCUUCAGCUUCAGAGGACACCGAAUCUUUUACAGAGAGUCAAAGGGUGCUGUUGGGAGCGCGGAUGUGGUGCUGCUGCUUCAUGGGUUUCCCACCUCGAGCUACGACUGGCACAAGAUUUGGGAGCCUCUGAGUCAGCGGUUUAACAGAGUCAUCGCGCUCGACUUCCUCGGCUUCGGCUUCUCGGACAAACCUAGGCCACAUCGGUACUCGGUCUUCGAGCAGGCCGGUGUAGUGGAGGCUUUAAUCUCACACCUGGGCCUCACUGAGCAGAAGAUCAACCUCCUGUCACAUGACUAUGGAGACACUGUGGCACUCGAGCUCCUCUACAGGAGUGACAACAAUCGAACUGGACACCUGGCCAUAAACAGCCUCUGCCUUUCAAACGGAGGUGUGUUCCCUGAGACGCAUUACCCGAGGUUUCUACAGAAAGUCCUGAAGGAUUCUGGUUUCAUCUCUCCUCUGCUAACCAGACUUGUAAACUUCUACCUCUUCUCUAAAGGGAUCGGGGAUGUCUUCGGGCCGCACACGCAGCCGACCGAGGCCGAGCUCUGGGACAUGUGGACGGCAAUCCGCUUUAACGACGGAAACCUGGUCAUAGACAGCAUCCUGCAGUAUAUUAAUCAGAGGCUGGAGCACCGGGAGCGAUGGGUCGGAGCCCUCACCUCGACAUUAACCCCACUGCACAUGAUCUAUGGGCCGCUUGAUCCAGUCAAUCCUCACCCCCAGUUUAUUCAUCUCUACCAAAAACUAGUCCCGAGGUCCACAGUGACGAUUCUGGACGAGCACAUCAGCCAUUACCCACAGCUGGAGGAUCCUACGGGCUUCGCAAACGCCUACCUCGGCUUUAUCAACUCUUUCUGAACGGAGCGCUCGGACAUCCUGCGCUGGAGAAGAGGUGAAGGGGAGUCACGGCUCAGGGUCGUCUUUAGGGUCGGAGAUUUAGGAGGCUUAGCAAAUGUACUGCUCGAUAGAAUGAAGAGAAGACUUAGUCUCGGUUUGAUUUGAACUCGUAUUUCCAACUCAAACCGUGACCAAGUGUUCCCUUAAUGUUAGUGGAGAAGUGUACAUGAACGGAUUUAGUUUUGUGUUAUUGAUUAGCAGCUUUUAUAAUAUUGAUUCUAAACUUUGGUUACUGAACACGUCGUUCAGCCUGGAACCAAAAAAGAUUUCUACACUGAUUAUAGUAAACUAGAAUGCAUUAUUGGAAAGAAUCGCUUUAGAAAGAUGCACUAUAUUGCCAAAAGUAUUCGCUCCCCUGCCUUCACAUGCAUAUGAACUUGAGUAACAUCCAAUUCCUUAUCUAUAGUGUUAAAUAUGAUGUGGGCCCCGCCCCUUUGCAGCCAUAACAGCCUUAACUCUUCUGUGAAGGCUUUUCACAAGGUUUAGGAGUGUGUUUAGGGAAAUUUGUUCACUCCUACCAGGCUGUAUCUUUUUAAUAAGAUGUAGGGUGUAAUGUGUUCAGGGAAUCAGCUAAGUGUUUUACAUUUCAGUGUUUGAGUUUUUAUUGUCGAACUCUCAAACAUAAAAGGAUUUAGUUCACCUUCAGACAAGAUGAGGUGGGAAAACAAACAGAAAUAAAAUGCAUGUAUGAGAUGAGAAUCUCAUCAAAUUUAAAUCUGUUUCAGAUAGCAUCAUAUACUCUGGAUACUGUAACACACAAACGCUCUUCCAAGUCACAGCUUCGCUACCUCAGAUGUGAGGGCUCGCUUUAUUGAAAGCUAUUUUCUGACUGUUGUAGUGCUCCAACAAGAGCUGAAUUAAAAUAUUAAAGUAAAAAAAAAAAAAAUAUAUAUAUAUAUAUCCUGAAUUGCACCAGCUAAAGGAGAGUAUGAAAGUGAUUAUUUUUAUGAAAGUACACUUGUAAUGAAUUACUGCGGAACCUUGGAAUACGAAAGCCCUGCUUUAUUUUUUAUCUUGUGUGUAAAAAAAAUAAAAAGUUAAAUCAGAAUUCCCGAUUAGCUAAACCUGUUUAAAAAGAGUCAACCCCGGGUACCGACGUUGCCCCCCAAUUUUUUUUUCUUUACCUUAUAUCACAAUAUUGAAUCAGGUUUUAUUUGCAUGCCGAGGUUCUGCUGUAAAAUGA